GGGGCGGGGUUUCGUCCCUGGGGAGGUCACCUGACCUGAGGGAACGCGGAAGCGCCGUUGGCAAGGGGGAGAUGGCGCCCAACAAGAGCAACUGGCUGUCCGGGGUCAACGUGGUUCUGGUGAUGGCCUAUGGGAGCCUGGUGUUUGUUCUUCUGUUCAUCUUUGUGAAGAGACAGAUAAUGCGUUUUGCCAUGAAGUCCCGCAGAGGACCCCAUGUUCCGGUGGGACACAAUGCCCCCAAGGACUUGAAGGAAGAGAUCGAUAACCGGCUGUCCAAGGUCCAGGACAUAAAGUUUGAACCCCGUCUCUUGGCAGAAGGAGACGACCGGAUGCUCCAGCUGGACACACCAGGCUGCUACAAUUAUCUGUACAGGAUGAAGACGCUGGAUGCUGUGAAAGACUCGGGUAAACGUCUUUGCGACAUCCCCUUCCAGGAGAACCGCAAGUACCCCAAAUCUCUAGUCGGAAAGAACUUCCGAGCGUACCUGCUGGAGCUGAGGAACUCCGGCUCGCCCUUCAGGAGUGUGCGGAAGACGUUGCUGGACACCCUGUUGGACCGAUAUGACUCAGCCCGAUACGGCACUGGGGUGUAUGGAAAAACGGAUCAUGAAAAGUUUGUGGAGGCGUUGUCGGAGCUGUCUGCAUAUGUGAAGACCAGAGAUGCGGGAAGUCACCGGCAGCGCCAGUCUGCAGCCAGAGACCUGACUUCCUCCCCGGACACCUCCGGAUCCCCCACCAUCCAGGUGACGUACCUGCCCUCCAGCCAGAAGACCAAGAGACCCAAACACUUCCUGGAGUUGAAGAGUUUUAAAGACAACUACAACACGUUAGAAAGCACCUUGUGACUCUGGCGGACCCUGUUACGUGGGUUCUGUGAGCCAUUCCCUCACCGGUUCCUAGGUCAUAUUAUGAGCCGCUCACCAGAAGGUCGUUAUUUAGCUCUCUCAGUGAGAGAGCGCCCCCUGCAGGGCAAUGUGAGCAAUGCAACGGCUGGAUUAAAUUUGUGGUCAUCACUGACUCGUAUGAACUUCCCCACACGAGAGAGAAGAAAAACAGUAUUAAUGCAUAGAGUCAGCGCGGAGAUAAUCCUGACGCCAAGUAUCGUGCUUGUGGCAGUGUUGUGUCUUGUUCUAGAAGAGUCGGAUGACUACAGAGCGUUACAAAGCCCUCCGAUAAACCCACAUGUUGCUGGUGUUAAGCUUCACGGCUAAAUGACCCUGAACCAAUGACAUCUGCACGCGGUGCAGUGAUGCCCAACAAUCCGCAUGUUGCACCCGCUGGCCACAGGCGCGAAGCCGUCAGGAAGUAAUUGCCGGUUUAGUUUAGUAACUGUACAUAUGGGUCUGUAAAUAAGUUGUGUGCGUACACCCGCUGUUGAGGGGUGUAUCUUUUGUAUCUUUCAUGUGCAGUAUUAAAUCAGAACAUUGAUUAUC